UGGGGAGCGGCCCGAAAGGAGUCGGUCUCCCGCGGGGGCUCGGGUUUCCCCGGGAGUUCGCGGUGUGUUUCCCUCCCUCCUGAGACAUGGCGCUCGCCAUCUUCGCCCUUCGGCUGGUCGUCUACAUCGUGUCAUUCCCCAUGUACCUCCUGAACUUUCUGGGCCUGUGGAACUGGAUCUGCAAGAAAUGGUUUCCCUACUUCUUGUCCCGGUUCUCGGUGAUGUACAACACGCAGAUGGCCAGCCAGAAGCGGGAGCUGUUCAGCCACCUGCAGGAGUUCGCGGGCCCCUCGGGGAAGCUCUCCCUGCUGGAGCUGGGCUGCGGCACGGGAACCAACUUCAAGUUCUACCCGCCCGGGUGCAGGGUGACCUGCGUCGACCCCAACCCCAACUUCGAGAAGUUCCUGUUCCAGAGCCUCGCGGAGAGCCGCCACCUGCAGUUCGAGCGCUUCGUGGUGGCGGCAGGGGAGGACAUGCGGGAGGUGGCCGACAGCUCCGUGGAUGUGGUGGUCUGCACGCUGGUGCUGUGCUCCGUGCACAACCCCGAGCAGAUCCUCCGUGAGGUGCGCCGAGUGCUGCGGCCGGGAGGGGCCUUUUGUUUCAUGGAACAUGUGGCAGAUGACCGUUCCACCUGGAAUUACUUCUGGCAACAGGUCCUGGAUCCUGCUUGGUUCCUUCUGUUUGAUGGGUGCCAACUGACUAGGGAGAGCUGGAAGACCCUGGAGCGCGCCGGCUUCUCCAAGCUGCAGCUGCAGCACAUCCAGGCGCCGCUGUCCUGGACGCUGGUGCAGCCCCACAUCUACGGCUAUGCCGUGAAAUAGACGCGCAAGGGGGGAGGGGAGCGGACAGAGGCGCAUGGGCCAAAUCAUCUAAGGCUUCAGUCUUAACUUUAACAAUAUGAAUUUGGAGAAAGGAAACUCUUGGUUUUCAAUAAAGGUGAAUUCAUCCUUAAAA